AUGUGCUCACCACUCGACGAAUUCACGGCUACCAGCUGGGGUAAUGAUAAGCUUCGCAUGUUUCUGGUUGUCCAAGACAACGCCGCGGGUCGAAGCUCGUUUCAAAUGGAAAGAAAGAGAAUCACUCGAUGGCACAGCUGGAGAGCUUCUCUCGCCCGAGAGGUUGCGUCGGUAACACCAGCUGAAGCCAGUACAGUGAUCGACGAACCCCCUCAGGCACCUCGACGUCGUGCCAGUUUGACAGAAGACGAAUCAAUGUCAUUGAAGGAGCUUCAAGAGAAGGAGUGUAUUGGGAGUGAAUCAAGCUGUCUUUUGUGCACAAGUGCCCGACUAUCACCCGAGAGAAAGCCGCAUGGCAAGUCAAAAACCUACUCGGCAAUGUCAGCAUAA